GUCCCUUCCCUUCCCCUCCCCCGCGCGGCGGCACCGGCGCGUUGGGGCCGCGGGACCGACCCGCUCCCGGCUCCUCCCGCUGCACGGACCGACCCCGCACCGAGCCCGGCCCCGCAGCCACAGCACCCCACACAGCCCCGGCCCUCCCGCCUCGCCGCGGGCCCGGCGGGGGCUUCCCCCCCGGCGCGCUCGGGCCCCGGGCGGAGGAGGAGGAAGAGGAGGAGGAGGAGGAGGAGGAGGAGGAGGAGGCGGAGGGGCCCCCCCGCGCCGGCCCCGCCAUGGCCGACAGCGAGAAGCUGGACAACCAGCGCCUCAAGAACUUCAAGAACAAAGGCCGCGACCUGGAGACUAUGAGAAGACAAAGAAAUGAAGUUGUGGUGGAAUUGAGAAAGAACAAAAGAGAUGAACAUCUUCUAAAGAGAAGGAAUGUUCCCCAUGAAGAUAUCUGUGAAGAUUCUGAUAUAGAUGGUGACUUCAGAGUGCAAAACACUUCUUUGGAGGCAAUAGUACAGAAUGCUUCAAGUGACAACCAGGGUAUACAGUUAAGUGCUGUGCAGGCAGCAAGGAAGUUGCUCUCCAGCGACCGCAACCCACCCAUCGAUGAUCUAAUAAAAUCAGGAAUAUUACCUAUUUUAGUGCACUGUCUUGAAAGAGAUGACAAUCCUUCUUUACAGUUUGAGGCCGCGUGGGCUCUGACAAACAUCGCCUCUGGAACCUCGGAGCAGACACAGGCCGUGGUUCAGUCCAAUGCUGUGCCGCUCUUCCUGAGGCUGCUGCACUCACCUCAUCAAAAUGUCUGUGAGCAAGCUGUGUGGGCUUUAGGAAAUAUCAUAGGUGAUGGACCCCAGUGUAGAGAUUAUGUUAUUAGCCUUGGAGUAGUGAAGCCUCUGCUGUCCUUCAUCAGCCCCUCCAUCCCCAUCACCUUCCUAAGGAACGUUACCUGGGUCAUGGUCAACUUGUGCCGCCACAAAGACCCCCCUCCACCGAUGGAGACCAUCCAGGAGAUCCUGCCAGCGCUCUGUGUUUUAAUUCACCACACGGAUGUAAAUAUAUUGGUAGAUACAGUCUGGGCACUCUCAUAUCUAACGGAUGCUGGCAAUGAGCAGAUCCAGAUGGUCAUAGACUCCGGAAUAGUCCCUCAUUUGGUUCCUCUUCUCAGCCAUCAAGAAGUUAAAGUGCAAACGGCUGCUCUGAGAGCUGUAGGAAACAUCGUCACCGGCACCGACGAGCAGACACAGGUAGUUCUCAACUGUGAAGCUCUCUCACAUUUUCCAGCACUUCUGACACAUCCCAAAGAAAAAAUUAAUAAGGCAACCGUGUGGUUCCUAUCUAACAUCACUGCAGGAAACCAGCAGCAAGUUCAGGCAGUAAUAGAUGCAAACCUUGUUCCAAUGAUAAUUCAUCUUCUAGAUAAGGGUGACUUUGGUACUCAGAAAGAAGCUGCUUGGGCAAUAAGCAACUUAACGAUCAGCGGAAGAAAAGACCAAGUGGCUUACUUAAUCCAACAAAAUGUAAUCCCUCCCUUUUGCAAUUUGCUGACAGUAAAAGAUGCACAAGUUGUGCAAGUGGUUCUGGAUGGACUAAGUAAUAUAUUAAAAAUGGCUGAAGAUGAAGCAGAAACCAUAGCCAACCUUAUAGAAGAGUGUGGAGGGCUGGAGAAAAUUGAACAGCUACAAAACCAUGAAAAUGAAGACAUCUACAAACUGGCUUAUGAGAUCAUUGAUCAGUUCUUCUCUUCAGAUGAUAUUGAUGAAGAUCCAAGCCUUGUUCCAGAAGCAAUACAAGGCGGAACAUUUGGUUUCAAUUCAUCUGCCAAUGUACCAGCAGAAGGGUUCCAGUUUUAGAGUGGUAUUUUGGAAGUUAGGUACAAUGCAGCACUGAAUAAAACAAAAAAAAAAAGGUUUGAUCCAUCAAUCUUGGCUCAUGGGAUCCGCUGCUGCAUUAAAUCGGGAAAGCAAAUGUGAAGAUUUCAUUUGGAAUCACAGAAAAGCCCAAAUGAAGUCAAGAUGGCGAGUGGGUGCGAGUGAGAAUGAGUGGCAAAAUGUAAUGAAAAACUUCACACUGAAUGCUUAUUUAGAUUGUUCAAAGAAAAAAAAGGGCUACAGGUCACAGAUCUUCAGUGCCUGAGACGGAACACCGACUUCCUAGAGCAAUUGGGGGAAAUGCAGUAUAUCAUCAUCAAGCCUCGUAAGCAUAAGAGAAUAGGAUGCCCACAUAAGUCCAAGAGAAUGAGCCCAGGCCUUGCUAUGAAGCACCGUGUGAAUGGACACCGUUGAGUGAAUGUCUGGACUCGCUGCCAGGCUGGAUCCCAGCGGGGGCUCCGGGCUGGAUCCCAGCGGGGGCUCCGGGCUGGAUCCCAGCGGGGGCUCGGGGCCAGCGCCGGGCCUGCCGUGUGAUGAGAGAGUGGGUGUGAUGCUGUCUGUGAGCGCAUGGAGCUUGAGUCGCCUUCAGGGGGCUGGAACAACCUAACCCAUCGACUUGGAGUGUCACCUUACACUGGACACCAGACCGGUUUAGCAGCAGACUCUGGUUUACUCCUGCAGCCUGUGUUUCUCUUGUUUUGUUUUGUUUCCUUUUUUUUUUUUUUUUCUCCCCCUCUUUUAUUUUUUUUUUUUUCUUUCGAGUUAUUUUUCAUUUCUUUCCUGUACGGCUUCUUUUUAGUUUGUUUGUAAAGUCAGAAUUUCAGGAAGGCUUCCCUGUGCAUUUGCACCAGAUGAAUGUUUGAUGUUAUGAAAAGCUUUUCCAUAUCAUCAAAACUAAUUUGUAGAUUUUUGCAUGGAAAAAAAAAAAUCAUUCAUUUCCCUUCGAACUAGACUGUGUUGCAGUACACAAGUUGCCAUAAUAGUAGAAAGCAGUAAAAUGUGGUAAUAAAAAACCUCAUCCUUUUCAUUUUCAAAGAUAACAUGAAGACCUUUGCAUGUGGUAAUCUACAGCAUAGUUCAUUUUUAGAUUUUGUUGAGUCCUGUAACCAAAAUGUUUCUGUUGUGGUAGGAUACCGUGCUGUGUUUCAAUGUUACUUGUUUUCAAACUUUGUUUUCUAUGAAAAUGAUAUGGAAACGUCUAAAAAAUGAAAUUUGGUGCAUAUGUACUGCCGAAUAAAGACCGAGAAAAGAGGUGUGAAUAGAUGUACAAAUCAAGUCAUGGUUUGAACACCUUUAAUAUGCCUAAUCCAAUUGUUUUAGACUCUUUUUAUCUUAGAUGUAGGCAGCCAUGAACAAUCUAUUUUGAGCCACUUUAGAGAGAAAACUUUGUAUUUUUAAAACUUGCACAAAAAGGAUGCAAGUGUUUUUAUAAUUGGAGGAAUGCCUCAGUUUUGAGGUCCUGCACACUAAAUUCAAGGUGAGGUUACAAAUUUGUACAAACUGAACUCUUUAUAAGGUGGCUCAUUGUAGGAAAUGCUGUGCCUUCCCCUUUGAGCACAAGUGUUGCAUGAACAACAGUUUGCUAUAAUAAAUAAAACAUACCAGAUUAGCCACCAUUAGCAUCUAUAUCUACCUUGUGUUUUAAAAAUCAACUGGUAAUUCUGAAACACUGUAGAAUGGAUAAAGAUUAUUUUGUGAUCAUAACUCUUUGUUGGACUAGAGUAUUUUUGCAGCAUUCCUUGUCAUCAGAAACAUGGUUAAAAGUUUAAAACUAGAAGCAGCGGAAACUAGCUUGUGAAUUUAUCCAAGUAGAGUGCAGGCUAGGCUGUCUUGGGGAAAAUAAACAUUGAAACUUGCAA